GGAGAGCGCGAGGAGGUGGGGGAGGGGGGCCGUGCUCCUUCUCUGUCUAGCAGUGAGUGAGGCGGCGCAGCCGGGAGGGAACGGCGGAUUUGUUCGAUUGGUGUGUCCAUUUAAUACAAGAAAAUGGAAACUGAACAGCCAGAGGAAACCUUCCCCAACACUGAAACCAAUGGUGAAUUUGGUAAACGCCCAGCGGAAGAUAUGGAAGAGGAACAGGCGUUUAAAAGAUCCCGCAACACUGACGAGAUGGUUGAAUUACGCAUUCUGCUUCAAAGCAAGAAUGCUGGGGCAGUGAUUGGAAAAGGAGGGAAGAAUAUUAAGGCUCUCCGUACAGACUACAAUGCCAGUGUUUCAGUCCCAGACAGCAGUGGCCCCGAGCGCAUAUUGAGCAUCAGUGCUGAUAUUGAAACAAUUGGAGAGAUUCUGAAGAAAAUCAUCCCUACCUUGGAAGAGGGCCUGCAGUUGCCAUCACCCACUGCAACCAGCCAGCUCCCGCUCGAAUCUGAUGCUGUGGAAUGCUUAAAUUACCAACACUAUAAAGGAAGUGACUUUGACUGCGAGUUGAGACUGUUGAUUCAUCAGAGUCUGGCAGGAGGAAUUAUUGGGGUCAAAGGUGCUAAAAUCAAAGAACUUCGAGAGAAUACUCAGACAACAAUCAAGCUUUUCCAAGAAUGCUGUCCUCAUUCCACUGACAGAGUUGUUCUUAUUGGAGGAAAGCCUGAUAGAGUUGUAGAGUGCAUAAAAAUCAUCCUUGAUCUUAUAUCGGAGUCUCCAAUUAAAGGACGUGCACAGCCUUACGAUCCCAACUUCUAUGAUGAGACAUAUGAUUAUGGCGGUUUUACGAUGAUGUUUGAUGAUCGUCGUGGACGUCCUGUGGGAUUUCCCAUGCGGGGAAGAGGUGGUUUUGACAGAAUGCCUCCUGGUCGGGGUGGUCGUCCCAUGCCUCCUUCUAGAAGAGAUUAUGACGAUAUGAGUCCUCGUCGUGGACCUCCUCCUCCACCUCCUGGUAGAGGUGGUCGGGGUGGUAGCAGAGCUCGGAAUCUUCCUCUUCCUCCACCACCUCCACCUAGAGGAGGAGAUCUAAUGGCCUAUGACAGAAGAGGAAGACCUGGAGACCGCUAUGAUGGAAUGGUUGGUUUUAGUGCUGAUGAAACUUGGGACUCUGCGAUAGAUACAUGGAGCCCAUCAGAAUGGCAGAUGGCUUACGAACCACAGGGUGGCUCUGGAUAUGAUUAUUCCUAUGCAGGGGGUCGUGGCUCAUAUGGUGAUCUUGGUGGACCUAUUAUUACUACACAAGUAACUAUUCCCAAAGAUUUGGCUGGAUCUAUUAUUGGCAAAGGUGGUCAAAGGAUUAAACAAAUCCGUCAUGAGUCAGGAGCUUCGAUCAAAAUUGAUGAGCCUUUAGAAGGAUCCGAAGAUCGGAUCAUUACCAUUACAGGAACACAGGACCAGAUUCAGAAUGCACAGUAUUUACUGCAGAACAGUGUGAAGCAGUAUGCAGAUGUUGAAGGAUUCUAAUGCAAGAUAUUUUUUCUUUUUUAUAGUGUGAAGCAGUAUUCUGGAAAGUUUUUCUAAGACUAGUGAAGAACUGAAGGAGUCCUGCAUCUUUUUUUUUUAUCUGCUUCUGUUUAAAAAGCCAACAUUCCUCUGCUUCAUAGGUGUUCUGCAUUUGAGGUGUAGUGAAAUCUUUGCUGUUCACCAGAUGUAAUGUUUUAGUUCCUUACAAACAGGGUUGGGGGGGAGGGUGUGCAAAAACUAACAUUGAAAUUUUGAAACAGCAGCAGAGUGAGUGGAUUUUAUUUUUUGUUCAUUGUUGGUGGUUUAAAAAAAAUUCCCCCUAUGUAAUUAUUGUGAACACCUUGCUUUGUGGUCACUGUAAACAUUUGGGGGGUGGGACAGGGAGGAAAGUAACAAUAGUUCACAUGUCCCUGGCAUUUGUUCAGAGCAGUGUGCAGAAUGUAAUGCUCUUUUGUAAGAAACGUUUUAUGAUUUUUAAAAUAAAUUUAGUGAACCUAUUUUUGGUGGUCAUUUUUUUAAGACAGUUUUCAAAUGGUGGCUGAAUUUUCUAACCCACUCCUAAACACUAAGUUUGAUUUUUCAGCUCCUCUGUUAAAUAUAAAUGCACCUCUUGGAUAUAAACAAAAUAUAUUGGCAAAUUCAGUACUAAUGAUUUCCUAGUAGUUUGAAAAACCAUUGCUUGGGGAGAAAUUACAUCAUACACAUUCAUGCUUAAGAUGGGGUUUUUUUAUUUUUGCAAAUGCUUGCCCCAAUUUUACAUGUUUUCUGUUGUAAAGAAACAAGGUAUGGAGAAUGAUACCACAAGUUAAUAUAAGCAUAUACCAGAAGAAUGAUUGGCAACAAGCUUUAUUACUCAGAUUAACAUUUAGUUAUAAAGUGGUUGAUGGCUGAAUAAAAUCUGGUUAUUUUUAUUACAUAAUUUCUCACCUAUAGACUUAAACUGUCAACCCUAGUAGUGUCUAUUAAACUUUGUAAAAAUAUAUAUACUUGUUUUUCCAUUGUAUGCAAAUUUAAAAAAUGUACCAUUUCUCUGUUGUAUGUUUGAUUAUGUAGGAAAUGUUUGUGAGCAGUUCAAAAAAUGAAAAAAAAAAGUUCCUGUGGAUGUUUUGUGUGGUAUCUUGGCAUUUGUAUUGAUAGUUCAAAUUUUACUUCCAAAUAAAAAUCCCAUGAUGCUAGA